AUGUCACAGGAUUUAAUUGAAACAACAGCAACGACAACAAAAAUAGUUGAGGCAAGAGAACUAGGUCAUCAAAUCCAUGACUCUUUACUUGAACAAUUGAAGUUGCAACAGGAAGAGUUGCUACAACAACAACGUGACUUAUUUUUCCAAGAACAACAGUUACAACUCCAACAACAAGUAACUCAGCCAGUUUCUAAUAAUGGCAAUACUUGGAGUUUUACUCAAGGGUUAGUAAUUGGACAAGUUAGUGUAAUAUUUAUUAUAAUUGUAUUUGUCAAGUUUUUCGUUUUUGCUGAUUCCUCAUCACAUAUCCCCACAAAGCCUGGUCUUGAUGGUGCGACCGGAGUAAUCGUCAAACGUAAUAAAAAUAAGAAACAUCUGAAUGGACAAUUUGCCAAUGACGGUGAAAAUGAGGAUGACACAUCUUUGGAUAGUAAUCAACUGAAGAUAUCUUCAAUUUUGGAAAAGACCUAUUAUGAUGUCAAUAAUCAUGCUCUGGAAUCAUUGGAUUGGUUUAAUGUUUUAGUGGCGCAGACAAUUUCUCAAUUGAGAAGUGAAGCAUUAUUAAAAGACAAUAUUUAUCAUUCAUUAAACAAUUUCUUGACAAAUGCAAAAUUACCCGAUUUUAUUGAUACGAUAAAUUUAACAGAAAUUGACAUUGGUGAUGAUUUCCCAAUUUUUUCAAAUUGUCGAAUAAAAUAUGGCGAAGAUUUGAAAAGAUUAGAAGCAAAAAUUGAUGUUGAUUUAUCAGAUACAUUGACUUUAGGAAUAGCUACUAAAUUAUUGUUGAAUCAACCAAGACCAUUGACAGCGGUAUUACCUGUGAGUUUGACAGUAUCAAUUGUUAGAUUUUCUGGUUGUUUAACGGUAUCCUUGAUAAAUACAAAAGACAUUGAUUUGAAGAACGUUGAUAAAACAAGUAAUAUGAAUGGGUAUAGUAAGGAAAAUGCUAAUGGAGACGGUGCUAGCAGCAGCAACAAUGAUGAAGAUGAAGAUGAUGGUGGUACUGCAUUAAUGUUCUCUUUUUCGCCAGACUAUAGAUUGGAAUUUAUUGUUAAAUCUUUAAUUGGAUCAAGAGCAAAAUUACAGGAUGUACCUAAGAUUUCUUCAUUGAUAGAGAAUCAGUUAAGGACAUGGUUUAUUGAAAGGUGUGUAGAACCAAGAUUUCAAGUGGUAAGACUACCUUCAUUAUGGCCUAGAACUAAAAACACUAGAGAACCUGUUACCAAAAAAACAACUACUACACCAUCUACAACUGUAAACGGUACGAGUGCAGCUACCAUCACCACUCCAGGCGAAUAUGUAAAUAGUAAUAUAUAA